AUGCUACGCUAUCAUUGCAUGGUAUCACUGAUACUGUUGAGCUGUAUGAAAUUAUCAGCGUCUAAACCGGCUGGUAAAUCGACCUCUAAUCGAAGCGAUGCUACAUCUUUGGCUAUCGAAUUACUUGAAUUUAUUCCAUCCAGUUUGUUAACAUUUUUUGGCGAUCUGAACGAUACGGAUCGAAGUGCGCUUUUAGAACUGACCAAAAACAUUUCACGAAGCCGUUUAACAGCUGAUACUGAAAAGGAAUUCCUUGAAGGCCUGAAAGAAAAAAGCGAGAAUGCCUAUCAGAAAGUGGUGGGUGUGCAAAACUAUUUAUCACAUAAAAUUGAACGCUUAAAGCCAGAGAGCAAAAAUUUCACUAAAAAAAUUAGUGAUAAGUAUGUUGCAUUAUUUACAAAUCCACAAACAGCACCAAAAGGAACAUUCAUGAAAAUGAAAUCAUUCAUAAAUGAAACAUUUAAAAUAUACGAUCAGUUGAGUGAAACAGCAAAAAAUGAUCUGAAAGCAGCACUUCCGGAAAUAGCACAACUGAUUAGAAAUCCACGAUUUCGGGAUUACGUAAGACGUGUAUUUGAUAACGCUGACGUGAAAAGAGCAUUCAAUCGAGCGGAUAGAAUGAUCAAUCCAAAACAAUAA